UGGAGGAGCGCAGGGAAAAGCAGAAUUAAUGAGUAGAGAAGGUGCUGAGACGGAGAAAAUGGGGUCUACAAUAUGAAACAGUUUGUUUAGAGCCGGAAACUACAUUUUCCAAGAAGUUCAACCACCUGAAGAGGGAGAGAGAGAGAGAGAGAGAGAGAGAGAGAGAGAGAGAGAAAGUCAGUGCAUAAUAAAUCCGUAUCAUCCUCCAACCAGCAGCGGCACCGACUGACACUCCGCUCUCUCUCCAUCCACCAUACAAACUUCUGCAAACUUUCAGACUUUUAGCUGCUGAAAUUUUUCUGCACGGUUAGAAGUUCUCUAAUUUGCCAUGGCCAGUACCAAAAGAUGAAGGAAAAGUGCUAAGAUUGUAGUAAAGUGAAGAUUUUGCAGCCUGUGUGGACAUGUUGUCUCUGUCAGCUCUUCUCGGCCUCAAAGUGCACUCGGGUGUCUCUUCACUCUGACAAACAGGAGCAGAAACAAACAAACAAACCAGCAACAAAACUCACAAAACUGCGACCAAGUCUGAAGUCAUAAGCCAUGACUUCGUCCACUCCUCCCUCCUCCCGUAGUCCAUCCCCACAGAAGGUUUGCCAUUCCCAAACUCAGACAGAGGUCCUAAAGCCGCUGUUAGGUGGAGGUGUUGGAGGUGGUGGAGGUGGUGCUGGAGGUGGACCUGCAGCAUUGAGAAGGCGUCGGCGUGUCUUGUCUAAGGACGGCCGAAGCAAUGUACGCAUUGAGCAUGUCACUGGCCGUGGAGCUCUCUACCUGCGUGACCUUUGGACUACCUUUCUUGACAUGCAAUGGCGCUACAAGCUUUUCCUAUUCUCUGCCACUUUUGCUGGGACCUGGUUUGCUUUUGGUGUACUGUGGUACCUGGUGGCGCUGGUGCACGGAGACCUGCUGGAGUUUGAUCCACCAUCCAACCACACCCCCUGCGUGAUGCAGGUCCAGACACUGACAGCUGCUUUCCUUUUCUCUCUGGAAUCACAGACUACAAUUGGCUAUGGCUUCCGGUGCAUCACAGAAGAAUGUCCCGUCGCCAUCAUCCUUCUCAUAAUGCAGCUAGUUAUCACAAUGGUGAUGGAGAUCUUCAUCACAGGAACUUUUCUUGCCAAGGUGGCUCGACCGAAAAAGCGUGGUGAAACUGUAAAGUUCAGUCAGCAUGCGGUCGUGGCUAGUCAACAGGGCCAACCAUGCCUUAUGAUCCGUGUAGCUAACAUGCGCAAAAGCCUGCUACUGGGCUGUCAGGUAACCGGUAAGCUGCUGCAGACAUCUCUGACUAAAGAGGGUGAGACAGUUCGUUUGGACCAAAGGAAUGUGGCCUUUCAGGUGGACACAUCCAGUGACAGCCCCUUCCUCAUCCUGCCGCUCACUUUCUACCAUGUCAUUGAUGACAACAGCCCGCUCCGCCCCUGGGCUUCCAAGGGUGGAGGCUGGGCUGACCCAGAAAUGGCAGAUUUUGAACUGCUGGUAAUAAUGAGUGCCACAGUGGAGCCAACAUCAGCCACUUGCCAGGUACGAACCUCCUACCUGCCCGAUGAAAUCCUGUGGGGCUACGAGUUUCCCCCUGUUGUCUCACUCUCCCCAUCAGGGAAAUACGUGGCUGACUUCGCCUUUUUCGACAAAGUGGCUAAGACCAAGACCCAGCCGUGCUUUAAACAAACCUCCUCUUCGGGUCCAGGCUCAGACAGUGGACGGGAAGGAGGAGAAAAGGAUCUGGAGAAGACAAAGCUGGAGGAGAGCUACAGGGAUGAAAAACGGCGCGAUAGAGGGAGGAUCCGGGAUAGCAGCCCACUUAGCGUUCGCAUUAGUAAUGUAUAGAUCCAGCAAGACAUGUUAAGAGAGAGAGAGAGAGAGAGAGAGAGAGAGAGAGAGAGAGAGAGAGACAGACUAACAGUAAGCUACUAGGAGAUGAGGACUGUACGAUGUUCACAAUAAAUCCUCUUCUGAAGACACAUUUUUCACAUACUGUACAUAUACAUACACUGGACUUCGAGGCGAACAGUGGCAUCACUAUCAUGUGGCUAAGAUUAAUAUUCUCACUUGACCACUGGCCUUGUUGCAAGAAUGUGUAAUUUUUUUUUUAUUGUAUUUUCAUUUUUACAGCUUGGACUACGACAAGAUUCUGAAACGAUUAAAAGGCCAAAAUAUACAAAGACCCGUCAUUAAAAAACAAAAGCACUGUACAGAAGGAGCAAAGCUUCUAUGUCCUUGGACUUUGUGUUCCAUAUUGAUGGACUGAACUGAAACGAUGAUAUUCUGUUACAUGUGUAUAUAUUUGUGCCUAACAAUGCCAUGCUCAUUUGAGUAUAGGCCUAGUUUUUUAUGCUGAUUUCUUUUUAGUCACUGGAGCAAACAUAUUGAUACAGUAUGUUAACAAUACUAAAAGCACUUUAACUCUAUGAGAAGUUUUCUCUAGUUUCUGUUAUGAAAGCACAACUAACUAGUGUAUAUUGGAUGGUGAAUACCUGUCCCAACAUUUCACAUAUGUGUGGGUGUUUCUGUGAAUCUGUAGUAUGUCUGCAUGGGUUGGUGCAAAGUGUGGGGCGAUGCUAAGCAAAGUAUUUUUAGAAAUGCACAAAACUGAAAGCACUUCA